UCACUUUCUUGUUAAUAUAAGAGCCAGAUAUAACAAAUAUACUUACCAUAUGACACCAGCGCCUAUGCAGUGCGUCCUACCUGAACUACUUCUUCCUGUUCUAACAUGACAGCUUAGUGUCGAUGGCUACAUUUUGGACCUACGAUUAUGCUUGUUCGCUUCACGAAGAGUGGACAUUCUUGCUUCGGUCGCGCUGGACCAAGGUAAAAUGCCUUUAUAUAAUUGUACGAAAUAUCCCAUUUGCCAUCUUUAUCACGGAGUUAUAUCUGUACUUUAUCCCGAACGAGGAUUCCAAGAAAUGCGGGAUGUUGAUCAAUAUUUACUCGAGUUUCAGCUUUAUAUCAGUCGUUUGCUCUGAAUUUAUGUUUGUGCUCAGAACAUAUGCGCUCUGGAACAACAAUAGAUUCGUUUUGGUGGCCACGGUAUGCAUCGCUGUUGCUUUUGUAGUAAUAGCAGCUAUCGAUAUUGUUUUCGCCACUGUUGCCACCUCACAUGUUACGACCAGCACGAUCCUCCCAGGCUGCUAUCGGACCUCGCGCAGAAUCCAACUCUCUAUGCCGUUUCUUCUCUUAUUUGUAUUUGAACUGGGACUAAUCUCCCUCACAUUUGUACGUGCUAUACAGAGCUGGAAGACAGUCAACGGCCCUUUGUACACCGUUCUGGUGAAGCAUGACAUAUUAUACUAUGCAUGCGGUUUGUUCCUUGCAGCCAUCAACGUCAUAAUGCAAAUGCUGUUUUCCCAAUACGCAUAUCACUCCGUCUUCGAUGACUUCCAAUUCUAUGUGCUUGCUAUCCUUGCUACGCGCAUGCACCUCCAUCUCUGGCAUCUCAAUCAACAUUAUCAUAUACUUGGCUCUGAUGCCCUCAUGCUUGCUCCUAUGACCGGCAUGUCAACUGUAGACUAGACUGCGUUUAUCCUGUGGCUUAUUAAGCAUCGUUUAUGGAGUGAUGUUUGGACCAUGCGAGAUGAUGACUAGUGGGGUUGGUGUUGUUAGUGGUCGGGUUCGGGAUGCGCUUAGCUUAUAAGACUACAUGAUCUUUUUGGGCGCAAGAUGCAUUUGGAUGGCCUUGGUGUAUUG